CGCAGCGUAUUAUAACCUCUGGACAGAAUAUUUCACAAUCUUAUAUGCACCCUCCUGAUGAAAUUUCGUCAACACAAGUAACGCAUGAUGAACAUAUUAAAGACAAUAAUAGAGAAAAAAUUUCUCAUUCUUCUGAAACAUUAUACCAAUGUGAUCAGUGUUCUUUCAGUACAAACUGUAAGAAUAAGUGGUUACAACAUAAGCACAGUGAAACUCAUGACGCUCCAUCCACGUCAAUGGAAAUUGAAGAAACAGAAGAUCCACAAAUAUUGACAGCAGUUGGACUGAUUAGUAGAAGCAGAUUGGAGAUGAUGAAGAAGAAAAAAGAAUUCUUAAAUUUGGAUAAACCAUCCACUUCCAAAUAAACUUUACAAUAAGAAUUAAAAUAAACAUAUAUUUUUUCUACAAAAUUCACAUAAUAUAUUAUCAAAAUUAUCAAAUUAUUUUGAACUUUGAAAUUUUUG